CGGACCGAAUGGAGAAGAUGAUGACAGAGGAGACGUCACCUGGAGGCCCUGGAUGUGAGAGAAGAUGCUCCGGUUGGUGACAAGAUGAAGUACAGUGACAAGCUAGAGACUGUCGACCCAUCUUCUCUUCCGGUUCUGGAUCAGUCUUCAUCAUGUCCGGAGAUGGAGGACGACCUUGGAUGUCAACCAACCCCCAGCAGAUCCCAGCAAGCCGGAAACCAACCUGAGAAUGGUUCCCCUUACGCGGAGAGCUUUAGCACUGGAGCCGCGCAGUCCGAUCCUACAAAAGACGAGGGGGAGAAGCAGUAUCGAUGCUCGGAGUGUGGCAAGACCUUUCGAAAGCGGGACAGCCUGAAGCGGCACCAGCAGACGCACACGGGAGAGCGCCCCUACAACUGCAUCGAGUGCGGGAAGAGCUUCAUCCAGAAGCAGCACCUGGUGACUCACCUGAGGACGCACACGGGGGAGAGGCCCUACAAGUGCGAGGAGUGCGGCAAAAGCUUGAGCACCAACGAGCGUCUGAAGAUCCACCAGCGGAUCCACACCGGGGAGAGACCGUACAAGUGUGGGGAUUGUGGGAAGAGCUUCAGAGCCCACCGGGUCCUCAAGGUCCACCAGCAGACGCACAGCGGAGAAAGGAUCCACAAGUGCGAGGACUGCGGGAAGAGGUUUAGACAUAAGCAGACUCUUUUGGCUCACCAGAGGAGUCACUCGGGUGAGACCUCCUAUAACUGCAAUGAGUGUGGCGAGAGCUUCCGUACCUUCAAGCACCUUAGGUUCCACCAGAAACAGCACCGGGGCGAAAAACCGCACGAGUGUAAGGACUGUGGGAAGGGCUUCAGGAAACGUGAACAUCUGAGACGCCACCAGCAGAUUCAUACUGGUGAACGUCCCUUCUCUUGUGAAGAAUGCGGCAAGGGUUUCAUCCAAAAACAUCACCUUGUGAGACACCAAAGAACUCACACAGGCGAGAGACCAUUCACUGUGGUAAUAGUGGAGGAGUUCCCCUAUAAAAACUCCUCCACCGGCGCUUGUCGCGGGAGCCCACAUAUCUGCAGCGAGUGUGGCAAGAGUUUCACCACCUACGAGCAUCUGAAGAGGCACAACCGAAUACACACCGGAUUGCGGCCCAACAAGUGCGAAGACUGCGGCAGGACCUUCAAGUCUCAGAAGCAAUUGAAGGCACACAAAAAAGCACGGGACGAAGAGACGGGGCUCUGCCGAGACGAAGACAGCGAGAACAGCGAGAGCCAGAGGGUAGGACCUGGUGAAAAACCCUUUGAAUGUGGCGAGUGUGGCAAAACGUUCCGAUUCAUGAAGCACCUGAAGUUUCACCUGCACACUCACACCGGUGAGAGACCCUUCAAGUGCGAGUCAUGCCAGAAGACCUUCCGCAAACGGGAUUGUCUGAAGAGACAUCAGCAGAUCCACACUGGAGAGAGACCCUUCACCUGUGCCGAUUGCGGAAAAGGCUUCAUCCAGAAGCAGCAUUUGGUGAGGCACCAGCGGACGCACACCGGGGAACGUCCUUAUAUUUGCAGCGAAUGUGGCAAGACUUUCAGCACCUGUGAGCACCUUAAAAUCCAUGGUCGGACCCACACGGGCGAGAAACCCUACAAGUGCAACGACUGUGGGCAAAGCUUCCGCAAGAGAGAGUACCUUAAAUGCCACCAGCAGACCCACACCGGAGAAAGACCCUUCACCUGCUCCGAGUGCGGGAAGAGCUUCAUCCAGAAGCACCAUCUCAUCGCCCACCUACGGACACACACCGGGGAACGGCCCUACCAGUGCAAUGACUGCGGCAAGACCUUCAGGCACAAGCAGAAUCUCACCACGCAUCAGAAGACCCAUGGUAUUGGUCUGUAGGGUGUCUUGAGGACCUGGAGGUCUAUGUCUUCUGCUCUUCUCUCCAUAUUAUCCAGUCUUUAUGACCAUGACCAUACCAGGUAAUGCUGAUGACCACCAUGACGCAGAUGCCCACUUCCACAAGUCAGGUCCAUGGCUCCUUUGUUGGUUUUGUUUUGGUUGACAUCCAUGGUGAAGAUGAUGUGCCAAGGGUGAAGUCGAACUUAAGCUUCUUCCACCAGACAUUGAGUUCUCACAAUACUCUGCCGAUCCCUCCCUGGUUGGAUCCCUCCCUGGUUCUCAGAUCUUCUUAAAGGGCCCUUCAACCUGUUGACUUCAUGGAGUAUUGUGGACAUGGCAUGUGCCAACAUACCCAAGAUAUGCACUUCUGGUGUUUGCCCACCCGGUAUUAUGAGACUUAUGAGCGCAGGCGCCAGACUCCAUCCCCCACCCGGAUCCCGAUCGCAGGACGUCGGGAGCCUUGGGGAGAGUAAUGGCCGACCUUGUGCCACCUGCCAUAUGACAUGUUACAUUGCCCGUGUGCGCAGCCCCGGACCGUACCAUUAUUUUUAUAAUAUAAAAGGCAGUAUUUACUUUA